CAGCACGCACUGGUUGUUUCUUCCCCUCAUCGUCCUUGACGUUUGGGUGCUCGUGAUGGCAAUCGGCGUCGACCUCGUCAUUUCCUUUCGAACCAGUCAACGCACCAGUCGAUCCAAACAACAGACCCGACUCGAAGUCACGAAAGCAGAAGAGCAAUACAAACUUCUCAUUCGAUUCCUUACUUCUGCUGGCUUUAGUGCUGUUGGAAGACGUGGCGACUCUCUUGGACACAUCCUGGUUUUUGUUUCAUGUCCAGAGCAGUUGUUGAGGGACCUUGUAAAGAGUGAACGCGACUCGGAUUUUCUUCAUGGACUACCUGUCACCCCAGUUACUCAAUCUGCUGCUGCUGCAUUGCCAAUCGCCCCAGCAGACCGGUUGCGUCUCGUUCAUGCCCGCAUCACUUCUUCUCCAGCUGACGGUGGUCUUGGCAUAAACCCCGAAGCAAAGCAAUGGAGCCUCGUCGAAUCCAUUAUUGUACUACAUGACCGAGAGUUUAACGAACAGUGGAUACACGCAUGGACAACAAAGAGGAUUGGUGUGUCUGUGGUAGGACUAGAACGGCUUCGACAACAGUUCGGCGAAUCUGUAGCCCUAUAUUUUGCAUUCCUAGAUUCCUACACCCGAGCCCUUGUCAUCCCUGCCGUACUCGGUCUAUCUUUCUACUUUUUCGGCGACCCAUAUUCUCCUCUAUACUCAUCCCUAUUGGUUCUAUGGUCCAUAGGCUUCGUCGAGUGGUGGCGUGUCCGCGAACGGCUCAUUUCUGUGCGUUUUGGUACUCAAGGUUCCCAGAAAGUUGAAAAACGCAGAGUCAACAUCGAUCCUCGCGAGAAACCACGGUGGUGGGAUCGUGAACUUCGCAUGCUCUCCAGUGUUCCCGUUAUUCUCGCGUUUGCGACUAUCCUCGGCCUUUUGAUGACCGCUAUCUUCCUUUUCGAAGCGUUUGUGACACAACUCUAUACUGGUCCAGGCCAGAAGCUUGUGUCACUUUCGCCCACUGUCCUUUUUGUCGUUUUGGUUCCUCGCAUUGUAUCCAUCUUCCAAGCCUGCGUUCAAUGGUUCACGGAGUGGGAAAGACACGUCCAUCAUUCGACUCACGACGCGUCUCUCACAUUGAAAACGUUCAUCUUCACCGCUCUUGUUGCAUACCUUGGACUAGCUCUGAGCGCAUUUGUGUAUGUCCCCUUUGGAGAAGGGGUCAUGCGUAUUGUGCAGCUGUGGUUGUACAAAUCUACUGCAACGAUAUCCGAUGAUGUCGAUGCCUCUAGCACUAGUACCUCAGCUGGGGGGAUUUGGAAUAUCAAUUCGGAAUACAAGUUGAACCCGGGACGGUUACAAGGACAAAUGUUCGCUUAUACGGUCACGAACCAGAUUGUGAAUACGUUUCUGGAGGUUGGGAUGCCGUUUAUUCUGCGGAAGAUCAGUAAAACGAAAAGCGAAAGGGAUUCUUCUUCCUCGAAGAAAAAAGUCGUCUUCGAAGAUGAAAACCCCAAGUCUGGGAAAGAAGAAAAAGACCUCCUUGACGUCGCACGCGAACAAGUCGGGUUACCUCCUUACGAUUUGUUUGGGGAUUACAGCGAGAUGGUGAUACAGUUUGGGUAUGUUGCGCUUUGGUCUACGAUUUGGCCUUUGGCACCUGUGAUGGCGUUGGUUAAUAAUGUGGUGGAGAUGAGGAGUGAUGCGUUUAAGAUUACGGUUCAUGCGAGGAGGCCUGUACCGGUUAGGACGGAUUCGAUUGGGGUUUGGGUUCAGGCGAUGAGUUUUUUGAGUUGGGUUGGGGCGUUGACGAAUUCGGCGUUGGUGUAUCUGUUUUGUCCGCGCCUGGGUGAGGUGGGGGCGCUUUCGAUGGUGGAGAAGGUGCAUAGGCAGUUGGUAGAUGCUGCGUUUGCUGCUGCUGGUGCCAAAGGCAAAGGGGAAAAGAUGGAUUCUCCGGGGGAUAAGUUGUGGAAUGAAGGAGCUAACGUAACGUUGGAGCUUCUUACGACGGCGUUGUUGGUGGCGUUAUUGGCGAGUCAUGUGUGGUUGCUCGUUAGGGUUGUGGUUAGACAUGUUGUGGAGAGGGUUGUUUGGAAAGAGAGCAUGGAGAGGAUGGAAAGAGAGAAGGAGGAUAGGAGGAUUAAAGAGGCGUUUUUGAAGGGGAUGGUGACAGCUUCUUCUUCAACGGUGACAGCCCAAGACAUGGUUGAAAAGAGUGGAUUUUGGGAAUAUGAAGAGGGUGUUGACGAGAUCCGGAGGAUUUUGAAGGAGGCGUGAGCGUCGGACUAUGGGACUCGAGUACUAUGCAUGGUGUUCCAGGAUGUAUUCUGAUUAUCGUAAAUACAUAGUAAAUACUAUAGACGAA